AUUAUCAAUAAUGCAAGCGUAACCUAAAGGAUUUUCAUACGCUUUCAAACAAUAAAUCAUGAAGGCGUGGUAACCAGUUCCUACUUUAAAUUCAACAAUAAUACUAUUUGCCAUGAUGAGUCUAUUUUUUCUAAUAAUGGGUAUAGUUCUAAUAAGUUAUUCAAAUGACAUUGCAACCUAAGAGUUUUAAUAUGACUCAUAUUGUUUGGCUUAAGAAAGUGAAUGUGUGAUUUAAAUAGCACUUGAUAGCAAUUACAAGUCUCCAGUGUUCUUUUAUUACUAAUUAACUAACUUUUAUUAGAAUCACAGAAGAUAUGUUAAAUCUAAAUCUCCUUCACAAUUAUCAGGAACAGAUUUAAGUGAAAGUGAAUUGGAUGAAUGUGAUCCAGUUGUAACUAAUGAUGAUAUGGGAAAAUCAUUAAGCGUUACAAACGAACCAUUAAAAGGGGAUGAUAAGGCCAUACCAUGCGGACUGAUCGCCAAAAGCUAUUUUAAUGACACUUUUGCUUUAUUCUAAGUUGUCAACAACACUAAAAAGGAGAUCUAAAUUUCAGGAACAGGAAUAGCUUGGCCAAGCGAUUUAGAUGGAAGAUAUAAAAAUAUCGACAAGAAUAGAUAGUGGAUAGAUAUGGAAGAUGGUAUUAAAAAUAUUUAUCUUUUAAGAAAGAUUUAUGGUUUGGAUGAGAACUGCCGCAUUACCAUAAUUUAGAAAACUAUGGGGGAAAAUAGAUUAAGAUUUAGAUGCUGGUAUAUAUGAAGUUCGAAUUAAUAAUAGUAUGAAAUACUUUAAUCCUAGUUUAUAAUGUUUCCUCCUUUAAUGGAAAAAAAUAUAUUGUUUUCUCAACCACUAAUGCCUUCGGGGGGAAAAAUGAAUUUUUAUCAAUUGCAUAUAUUUGUGUUGGAGUGGUGUGCUGCGUAGUAACUCUGGGAUUUCUAAUAAGAAAAUUUUUAUCCAAGGCUGAUCAAAAAAAAAAUAGAUGA